GGGCCGAAUCCCGGAUGCUGGUCCUGACCGUGGUGUGGGGUGUCCUGGGGCUGCCAUGCAGCGGGAUUUGGGGAGUUACCCGCUGGCCCCUGGCGUGCGAGUGAAACUGGUGAGCGCAGGCUUCCAGACGGCCGAGGAGCUCCUGGAGCUGAAGCCUUCGGAGCUGAGCAGAGAAGUUGGAAUCUCUAAAGAAGAAGCUCUAGAAACAUUGCAAGUAAUAAGGCGGGAAUGCCCCGUGGAUAUGUCAAAAUAUGCUUCUGUGUCCAUAUCAGGCAAGAACUGUACAGCAUUGGAACUUCUUGAGCAAGAACACACCCAGGGCUAUAUAAUUACCUUUUGUUCAGCGCUGGAUAAUAUUAUGGGGGGUGGAAUACCCCUAACCAAAACAACAGAGAUUUGUGGUGCACCAGGUGUUGGAAAAACACAAUUAUGCAUGCAGUUGGCAGUAGAUGUACAGAUCCCAGAAUGUUUUGGAGGAGUAGCAGGUGAAGCCAUAUUCCUUGAUACAGAAGGAAGUUUUAUGGUUGACAGAGUGGUAGAUCUUGCCACAGCCUGUGUUCAACAUCUUCACCUUAUUGCAGGAUCACACUCAGAAGGGGAGUACCAAAAAGCAUUGGAGAACUUCUCCCUAGAAAGCAUACUCUCUCAUAUUUAUUAUUUUCGUUGUCACAACUAUACGGAGCUACUGGCACAGGUUCAUCUCCUUCCAGACUUCCUUUUGGAGCAUUCAAAGGUCCAGCUGAUUGUAGUGGAUGGGAUUGCAUUUCCAUUUCGGCAUGAUUUUGAUGACCUCUCCCUUCGAACACGGUUACUGAAUGGACUAGCACAGCAACUGAUCAGCAUGGCAAAUAAUCACAAAUUAGCUGUAAUUUGGACUAAUCAAAUGACAACAAAAAUUGAGAAAAAUCAGUCCUUACUAGUUCCUGCUUUAGGGGAAAGUUGGGGACAUGCAGCUACAAUUCGAUUAAUCCUUCAUUGGGACCAAAAGCAGAGGUUAGCAACAUUGCACAAAUCACCAAGCCAGAAGGAGGCCACAGUACUGUUUGACAUAACGGCCCAGGGUUUUCGAGAUGUAGUUCCUUCUCCAUUAUCACCUCCAGUGGAACCUUCAGCGAACCCCCGAAAGCGGUCACGAGAAGCAAGGGAAGAAGAAUAAUAUUUUAAAGAUUUUGCAUCUUGUGUAGCACAAAAAUGUUGUAAAGACCAUUAAGUGCUGAUUACAGUUUACACAGCAAACAUUGUAAACAAUCAUAGAAUGUCUCCAAUAUCAACAAUUACCACAGUAUUAAAUUAACAAUUUAAGACAAUCACAUCAAUUAUAAAAUGACAUUACCAAAUACUCAUAAAUCAUUUAUUAAAACAUUUGUAUAGAAUACACUCAAGCAACAAAAAUGGUUGUAAAUAUUAAAAUACAUAAAAUAUAUACAUAGUAAGUUAAUAUCAUUAACUUGGAGCUUUUAUAAAUUAAUUCAUACUCUACCCAUUUAAUUUUUGAUAUCCAUAUUGGUUAUUAAACUCUCAUCCCAGUAAUACAUUGUACAUAAAUAUCUCUACCUAACUGCGUAACAAACCUUCUAAUUAUGUAUGAUUUGAUAAUGCUUGAACCUAAUUUUAACCUUGACAGCACAGGAUCAUUACCAGGAUUCUUACCUUCUAAAAGUACCCAAAAUCAAUGUGUCAUAAUGCAUAUUAAAAUCUUUUUGACCCUCA